UCAUAAACUCCUCCCGCAGAACAGUUGGCGGGAACGUUUGUUGUUAUUUCGGUGUUCUGCAUAAACAACAUGGAUACGGAGUGUGCGUCUCAUGAGAUCUCGAGCUCAACUGAAAAAACGAAUGUAGUUGAAGUCGACAGUGUUAUUCAAACAUGGAUGGUCGACUAUUAUUUCGCGACACUAUGUCGGCACUUCAAGGCAAGAUCUGGUCCGGAGUUUCAUAAAGCUUUAAAAAUAUUUGAAGCUUUGGUGGAUGAACUCGAGUCAUGUUCCCACAGGUCAGAUCCUUCCUCUCAGAGAACGAUCUGCUGCCUCCUUGCCAGAGUGAUAGAUGGGGAACAACUGGAUGUCCAUUAUGAUCGCUAUACUCAAAUCACUCCCUUGAUGUCAGCGCUGCCGAUUUGGGAGACAUUAAAGGAAGUGGCAGAUGCAGAUUUACACGCUAAGAUCAAAACGCUACUGAUUGUUCAGUCUGUCGCUGUGUGUGUGAACAAAGGGAAUUUAAAGUUGGCAAAGGAAACCCUGCAGUGGCUGGAAAAAGAGACCGAAAUACCCGAGAAACUACAAGGAAAGCUUACCGCCAUUGUGAGUAAGAAAGAUGCAUUUGGUCCGCUUCUGAUGAACCUCACUUUCAACCAGCUGUUGGAGAACGUUGACGUGUUCCUCGACGCAUUCAGCCUGGAAAGUUCCUCCGUUUUCUUACUGGAAGCAGCAUCAAAAGUAGUUGAAGCACGUCAUGAGAGAUCGGAGAAAACAUUAUCUGAACAGGACAGAAGCGAGAGGAUCCCAUCCAGCCCAGAGUCAAUUAAAACAGAAGAAAAUGAGGCACAGGAGGAUCAACUGGUGCUAAAUAUGAGACACAAAAGGAAACUUCUUUCCAAACAAACUUGUGACCCGUGGAAACCAGACACUGCUAAGAAAGAGCGAACCAAGAGAACCUCCAUUUGCAAGAUUUCUAGGAGAAGUAGUAGCCCUUCAGAAUUACAAAGCAAUGUUAGUGCGACGAGCAAAACCAGGAGGAAGUGGACAGCGAUAGAAGAUCGGAUGCUGAAAACGGGUGUGAAGAAACACGGGGAAGGCAACUGGAGCACGAUCCUGAAUGACUUUGAGUUUGAAAACCGCACCGGUGUUAACCUUAAGGACAGAUGGAGAACCCUGAAGCGUAAGGGACAGGACUUCUGAGCUGCUGCUGUUUUUUUUUUUUUUUUUUUUUUACCUUAACUAGUCUAUUAAGGUUGCAUUAUUUAAGCUUUAAUUUCAAAUUCAGCAAUGUUUUUUGUUUUUUUUAAUUAAUUAAAAGUUCAAAAAUGCUAUUUUGCAGAACAGUGUUCAUGAUGAAUAGUGUGGUAACAUUCAAGUGUUUCGUUUUGUUCUUUUGCUGUUUGCUUAUACUGCAAGGCCAACGUUUGCUCAGUAGAGGUUGCUAGUGAGAUCCUGUUCCUGGACUUAUUUUUACAGAAAAAAAAAAAAAAAAAAA